AUGCCUCCUGACACUGUUUAUGUCACUAUAGUUCGAGAACCAAGUGCUCAUUUCGAAUCUAUCUACAACUAUUAUGAACUUCGAAGAAGGUUCAAAAUGUCUUUGUCUGAAUUUAGCCUGAUAAAUAAAAUGCAUCUAUUACGUAAAAGUUUUGGUUUCCGUGUACGGAAUCCGCAACUUUACGACCUAGGAGUUGAUGGAAAAUACAGUCAGAAUAAAAGUUUCUUUGAAAACGAAGUUAAAAAUAUUGAUCAAAUAUUUGACCUAGUAAUGAUCACUGAUAUGAUGAGUGAAUCAAUAGUGUUACUUAAAGAGCUAAUGUGUUGGCAAUUAAGAGAUGUGACUACUUUCAAAAGAAACAGCCGAAUUGAUAUUUGGAGGGAAAAUGAAUUAUCAGUGAAAGUAAAGGAGGGCAUUAAAGCCUGGAAUGUCGGCGAUACCAUUCUAUAUGAUUAUUUCAGAGAAAAACUAGUUAAAAGGAUUACCGAAUUUGGACAAGAGAGAAUGAAACGUGAAGUGAAUUUGCUUGAACAACUCAACAAACAACUAUUUGAAGAAUGUGUUCUGAAGGUACAAGUGAGCAGGGAAUUACCCAAACCGUUUAAACAUUCGUCCACAAAAGUGCUAGGAUUUCGCUUAAAGCCUGAAAGAGAAACAAAUCUAACUUGCCUUCAAAUGGCUGCAGUUCCAUCAAGUUACGUAAAACAUUUACGUGAGAAACAAUAUGAGUGGAUUCGCAACAAAAAGGGUAGAAAUCCUAUCUAA